CCUGUGCAGCUCUGCCAGGAGGAAGCCCAGGGUAGGAGCUGUGCCAGGCAACAGCUGGCACGUUAUGGAGCGUCGGAGCAAGAUGGAGUUUUUCCAGAAACUGGGCUACAGCCAGGACGACGUGGUCAGGGUGCUGGGCAAACUGGGCGACAGCGCAUUGGUCAACGACGUGCUACAGGAGCUGAUCCAGACUGGUAGCCGCCCGAGGGUCCAGGACGAUCCUGCCAACAGCACUGGAGUAGUGCUGACGCCCCGGGGAUGCUGCGGAGUCCGGGACUCUGCCCAGCAGGGCCUGGGACCAGGCUUGGAAGAGGCUGGCGGAGACCCAGCCAGUUACCUGCGGCCCAUAGUCAUCGAUGGCAGCAAUGUGGCCAUGAGCCAUGGAAAUAAGGAAGCCUUCUCUUGCCGGGGAAUUCGUCUGGCUGUGGACUGGUUCAGGGAUAGAGGACACACCUACAUCAAGGUUUUUGUCCCAUCUUGGAGGAAAGAGCCAUCAAGAUCUGAUACCCCCAUCAGAGAGCAGCACGUGCUGGAGGAGCUGGAGCGGCAGGCUGUGUUGGUCUACACCCCAUCCCGCAAGGUCAACGGCAAGCGAGUGGUCUGCUACGACGACCGCUACAUCGUGAAGGUGGCCUUCGAGAAGGACGGCAUCAUCGUCUCCAACGACAACUACCGGGACCUGCAGAAUGAGAACCCAGAGUGGAAAUGGUUCAUCGAGCAGCGACUGCUCAUGUUCUCCUUUGUAAAUGACAGGUUCAUGCCUCCUGAUGACCCCCUGGGCCGCCGUGGACCAACCUUGAGCAAUUUCCUAAGCAAGAAGCCAAGGCCCCCAGAGCCAUCUUGGCGGCACUGUCCCUAUGGCAAGAAAUGCACUUACGGGGUCAAGUGCAGAUUCUACCACCCGGAGAGGCCGCACCACGCGCUGCUGCCUGUGGCGGACGAACUCCGCGCAAAGACGCGGGCCCGGCCGAGUGGCACGGAGGAGCAGCGGCCACCGCCCAGUGUCGGGAGCAGCAACGCAGCACCCCGGACGCUUCCCCGGGAGCCCGGCGCGCAAAGUCUCCCAUCGGCGCCGCAGCCCGCGACCCUGGGCGCCCUGAGCCAGAGUUUCUCGCGGCUGACCUUCAGCGAAACCCCGGCUAGCUGCGUCUCGUCCCAGACGCAUGAGCCCGACUGGAUGCCCACAGGUGGCCCCUCGUCCUGGGCCGUGCCAACCCCUCGCGCGGGCAGCGCUGCCGCCCUGAGGUCGCCGGGGCUGCGAGGCCUCCGGACUCUGAACAGCCCGCUCUCGCUCUCCUCGGGCGACCUUGGGUCCCCAACCUGCCCGCAGGCCCAGCCGCCAGACGGACACCCUUCCAGGGACAUGCACAGUGACUUGCCUCCCCAGCGCAGAUCCAUGGAUGAUCCGUGGAACCUUCUCUCCAGCUCCUACCGUUAUCUGAGUCACCCAGCCUGGGCCGAGUCUGCUUGGGGCGAGGACGGCUUUAGAGGACCUUCGGGGUCAGCACAGCCCGCAGCCAAUGGUCGGGGAGCACACACUGCCUUCUGCAGUGUCUUCCCAGCUGAUCAAGGGAUGGCCUCGGAUGCUGCGCUCUCCGACCUGGUUCUGCUCACCCUCCAGCAGAGAUCCCAAAGGACUGGUGCGCGAUUGGGGGACCCUUAAGGGACAGGUUCACAACACUGCAAGGAAUUGCAGAGGCUUGACUUGCACCUUGGACAGGUGGGCUACAAGACGAUUGCCAACCUGGAUGUGGUUGGUCCCCCGUCAGUAGGAGACUUCCUUCUCAUCCUCGAUGGUGGAUACCCUUGGCGAUCUUGGGGAUGCUCCCAGGGGCUGCUGAAUGGGCAGGAUGCUUUCUGACGUGUUCAGAACACGUCCGUGUUUGGUUCUAAGCACCAGCCACAAAACGUUGCAGCUGGCCAUCACCACAAACCAAAGAGAACACCCCAGUAAUCAAGAUGAGUCUGAUACAAACUCUUGCUCUGUAAGCAUGUGUGUGUGUGUGUGUGUGUGUGUGUGUGUGUGUGUGUGUGUGUGUAUUUAAGAUUCUAGGAAGCCAUGAGAAUGUGGGUCAUGGUUGAAAGUUUGAAAAAGACUGGCAGACAAUCUUGACUUUCGUGGCACCAAAUGAUCUUUAAAAGCCUGUUCAGGUGACAUGGGAAGGAGGGAGCCGAUGCCUGGGGUUUUCAUGUCACCCUUGCUAACCUCACUCAUAGGGGAACCCAGUCUUCUGUAAAUUUUUAGUGUGGGGCUGUGAGGUGCUGUGGGUGCCCCCAGGGGCACUUGAUCCUAAUGGUCUUCUGACCAGUUCUUCAUUCCUUUUGUGCAUACAUACCAUACAACUCAAAUAUCACAUCACACACACACACACACACAGAGAGAGAGAGAGA